UUCUUAUUAGAUAUUAGAAUAUUUAAACAAUUUGUAAAGGAGAAAGAAAUUUUUUCAUAAAAAAGCGCAAUGGAAACCAAUAAUUAACCAGUUUUAAAUAAAUAAAAUGAUGUUGAGCGAUCAAUGAGAGAAUUUGAGAAUGCUAUUUAAUAAGGGAAUUUUUAUGAUGCAGUUGCAAACUUCAUUAACCUAAUAAGCAGCGGAAGUUAGUUUGAUAUAAAAAUAGAUGAAGUGGAUCUUAAUCAAUUAGAUUAAAUAGACGAAGAAAAUGAAAAUUAAAAAAAGUUUUAUAGCAAUUCAGAUAUUUAUUAGAAUGUAAAAGGAAUAAAUUAUGAAUAGAUUUACAACUAAAAAAAGCAAAAUAGCAUGGCAAUCAAUUAAAACUAUUAAAACUAGAUUCCAUAAUAGAUGAAUAAUAAUUAUUAAAAUAAUGUUAACAACAAUUAAAAUAGAAAUGGCUCUAAUCAAAACAUAGGUUAUCAAGCAAACUAAAAUAAUAUUUAAAUAUAGCAAAACAUGCCAAACGUUUAAGGCUAUGAAAAUUUUAAUCAGUUUAACACUUAAAAUAGCGGUAAUCAAAAUUUUAAUUUUGGAGAUUAAAUUAUCGAUAAAUCAAAAUUUACUCCUCAUGAAUAAGCAUUGCUCCUUUAGAAGUUUUAGAUGAAUGAAUAUUAACUAUAAAAUACUAGUUUAGAUGACUUAUUCGCUCAAUAUAUUAUUUAAACAUAGCAGAAUCCAAUUUGA